GUAAUAAUGGCAUUCGAAGACAUGGCCUCACUUUUAGAGUUAAAUGCCUUAAAUGUGGAUACAGAAUCUUGGAUCGAAGAUGCGGAAAAUAAUUUAGAGAUAUUAAAGGGGAACGUAGCCCAUACUUGA